AAUAAUUUUCUAUUUUUUUGUUCUUUUUUAAUUUGGUGUGGAUUUUACAUGCGUUUUCUUUAUUCUCUUUUCACAACCAUUGCUUCUACUCUGCGCCUCAGUAUGAAAUUUACUUCAGCACUGUUUGCUGCUCUGCUGUGUUUUUGUUGCCUGUUUGCCUGAUUCUCCUCUGGUUUGUGUCUCUUGUAUCUUUUUCGCUUCGCUUUUGGAAUCUGAGCAGCUUAUUUCAUGUGGCGCUUUAUUUUGUUGUAUUUCUCUAUUUUCCCCAAUCACAUUGUGCUUUUUCAUUUUAAUUCUUAUAUUCUCGCAGCUCUACUUUCAGUUAUUCGCCGAUAAUUGAUGUCAAAGGACGCGUUAUUGUGACGGAAUACACCGCAUAUAAUUAACAGGAUAAUAUAAUACAAACAAUAUUGCUGGAUAAUCCGUUAACUAACUUUGUACGUUUGUUGCGUAUUUGCGUUUGUCGUGCGUUCGUGAUACAAGUGAUAUACAUAAAAUGCCUAAGGAAGAUCCAUUCGUAAAUCGUGCACAACUGUUGAAAGCGAUUAAAAAGUACCCAGAGAUAUGGGAUUCAAACAAUAAACUGCACAUGUGCCGAAGUGUUACUGCGCCGAUGUGGAAUGAGAUUGCCGAGCAGUUUGGAGGGCAUGUGCCGACCGUAAAAUUGCAAUCAAUUUGGAGUCAAAUGAAAUAUCAUUAUCAUAAUUUAGUGCAUCGUCAAAUUUUACAUAAAGAUCGUUUCACAACAAAAUGGGAACAUUUCGAACCGAUGUCUUUCAUGUACAACAUAACGGUUGCGAAAAUUGUUGGCACCAAUACUUCACAGGAAUCAAAUCAAGCUGUACAACAUAUAAGUCCAUCGGCAUCACAAACAGCACAAUCGCAAACACAAGGCAGAGGACGUCCUAGUGGUAGCUUCACAUGGUUGCCAACAGCACCGGUUCAACAUGACAUCAAUGUCGAAAAUAAUUCAUAUAUGACUUUUACUGGACUUGUACCACCAGCAGCUAUAACUGUAGAAGCAACGACAACUCCUAUGCGUAAACCUGGUAGACCAGGUCCAUUAAAUAAUAGCAUGCGUGGUCGUAUUAUAGAUGCGAUAAGAAAUCAUUCAAUAUUAUGGGCUGGGAAACAACGUGAUCAACGUCAAGGACAAAAUCGAACUUCAGCGAUUUGGAAGGAGGUUGCAAAUGAGUUGGGACUAACACCAAGUUUGUUACAAACUCGUUGGUCCAUUAUAAAACAGCGUUAUGUGGAUGAGUUGCAGAAAGAGCGCCAUUCGCAUUACACACAACAAGUUUUCCAUUCAACUUGGGAGCAUUUCGACCGCAUGUCAUUUAUGCGCGAUAUUUUGGCUAGAAAAGUUGAUGAACGUGAACAGACACGCGAACACAUACAAGAAAUUGUGAGCGAACAGCAACAUAUGCAGACGCAGCACUUGCGUUUCGAGCCACGCAACUCUACGAUGGUUGCUAUGCAAACUGGAUUGACUGCUGCAGAACAUGCAGGAAUGGUCUAUGAUGAGGGUGUAGCAAUGUCACUUGGAUUGACAAGUGAAGGUCCUGUACUAUCGGGGGCGGUGCAUGGACUGACACCAAAUCGUAGGCGUGUGAAAACCGAACAUGACUUGGAAUGGGAUCCAUUUGAAAUGAUAUUACAUGUGCAAGGCACAGAGACUACUGCUAACAAGUAAUUAACAACAAUCAAGAAGACUGAGAAACUUUGAUCUUAUUUAUAUUGAUAUUUAAAUCAUUUUUCAUAUUAUAUUUUUCGUA